AUGAACCCGUACAUCUUAGCCACCCUACUCUUUGGUUUAGGCCUAGGAACUACAAUCACCUUUGCCAGCUCCCACUGACUACUCGCCUGAAUAGGCCUCGAAAUAAAUACCCUUGCGAUUAUCCCACUAAUAGCACAACAUCAUCAUCCACGAGCAGUUGAAGCCACCACUAAAUACUUCCUAACACAAGCCACCGGGGCCGCAAUACUUCUGUUUGCAAGCACCACCAAUGCCUGAAUAACAGGACAAUGAGACAUUCAACAAAUAUCUCACCCUCUCCCAAUCACCAUUAUUACCCUGGCCCUUGCACUAAAAGUCGGCCUAGCCCCAGUCCAUGCAUGAUUACCCGAAGUCCUUCAAGGACUAGACCUUACCACAGGACUAAUUCUGUCCACUUGACAAAAACUAGCACCCUUUGCCCUACUUAUACAAAUUCAACCCCUAAACUCUACUCUUCUCAUCACCCUGGGACUUAUAUCAACCCUUGUCGGAGGGUGGGGCGGACUAAACCAAACCCAACUGCGAAAAAUUCUGGCCUACUCUUCCAUUGCUCACCUCGGCUGAAUAAUUCUUGUAAUACAAUUCUCACCCUCCUUAACCCUCCUUACCCUCCUUACUUACUUCCUCAUAACAUUUUCCACUUUCCUCGUAUUUAAGUUAAAUAAUUCAACCACCCUAAAUGCCCUUAGCACCUCUUGAGCAAAAGCACCCUCCCUGACCUCCCUCGCCCCUCUUAUCCUCCUCUCUUUAGGGGGCCUUCCCCCCCUCACCGGGUUUAUACCAAAAUGACUAAUCUUACAAGAACUUGCUAAACAAGACCUGGCCCUCACUGCAACACUGGCCGCCUUAGCGGCCUUACUCAGUUUGUACUUCUAUCUGCGCCUCUCCUACGCUAUAACACUUACUAUAUCCCCCAAUAGCACUACCGGGGUGACCCCUUGGCGCUUUACAUCCUCGCAACUUACACUUCCUGUUGCCAUUUCGACCUCAGCAACCUUGCUACUACUACCUUUAACCCCCGCCGCAGUAGCCCUCCUAACCAUCUA